AUGAAGUGGAAACACGAGACGCAAGAGUAUGAAGACAACAUCGAAACACGAUGUGCAGUCACUGGUGAAGAUAAAUCGAAAGCCCUACGAAGCGUAAAAACCUCAUCUAACAGGCAACUUCUCAACACGUUGUGCAAAUUUGAAUGGGGUACGAAGGUGGAGGAAGUUACGGAGGAGCAAAUUGUUGAAGAGUUGAACAAGAUCCUAGGGAACGUCAUGAAUGACGCGAUCCUCGACGUCGAUUCGAUUUUCAACACUGAGUUGAAGAUGAACUUAAAGGAACGAGAUGUCAAAGCACGAUUGAUGAACUAUUUCAUGCGGUGCGAUGAAAUCAUCAUGCAAAACGGAAUGGCAGGUAUUUUUUCUACUGCAACGGGGAUCAAGAAAAAAUGCAAGAUCCUAGAGUUGCAUUUAAACCCUGCGGCGUUGCGCGAAUCCGCUGACUCUCACAUUCGCCUCGUAGAUCAAGUAGCAAAUCAGACCAAAAUACUUUGUACUUGUUGGUGA